CAGCGUGGGGGGGGACACCCCGCCGUCACGCUAUGUCUCGGCCAUGGCGGCCGCCCGCGCGUCCUGCUCUGGCAACUGGUGACGCCCGUCCAACAACCGGCCCGUAUUGGGUGUCCCCCCCCCCCCCCCGCCACCCUCACCCCCAUCUUGGGUGGGGCGCCUUCCUGGUGCACGUGGCCAGCUCCUGCCCGCUGGCCGCCAACGGCUCCGUGCUGGAUUUCGACUUCACCCUCGUCUUCAACAAGAACCCGCUGGUCUGUUACGAGCCCGACGCCCAGCACUUCACCCCCUGCGACUGGGGGCUGCUCCGUCCCUUCGCCACCGUCGUCGCCGCCUUCCUCAACAACGGCACCGGCUGGGUGCAGCGCGCCGAAGCCCGGCGCCGGGCUUGCCGCGACCUGGCCCCCCGAUUCUGGUCCUCCACCAUGCUGCGACGGACACCCCCCCAAGCCCGCAUCAUCUCCUCCAAGACCAGCAACACCAGGGCAUCCGUCCUCCUCACCUGCCACGUCUGGGGCUUCUACCCCGCCGAGGUGACCGUCAGUUGGCUGCUCAACGGGAACGUGGUGGGCCCCGGUGAACGCCCCCCCACCUCCGCCAUCCCCAACGGCGACUGGACCUACCAGACGCGGGUGACCUUGACGGCGGCCCCGACGGCCGGGGACACCUUCUCGUGCUUGGUGCAACACGUCAGCCUGGAUGAGCCCCUCCUGGAAGAGUGGAGUCCCGGCUUGUCCCCGGGGUUGACGGUGAAGGUGGCCGUGGCCACCGUGCUGAUGGUGUUGGGGCUCAGCUUCUUCAUCGUCGGCGUCUACUGCUACCGGGGCAAGCCACCGGCACCGGGUUACACUCCCCUCCCCGGAGACACCUACCCCGCAGCAGGAAGCAUCUGAGGACCCCCAGGACGGUGACCUCCUGGCCCCGACGGUCCCCCCCCCUUCGGUGUCCCCGUCACCCCGGGGGUGACGCCACGGUGCUGACAAUAAAGAUGCUCCAGGGUG